AGGAUAUCGUAUUCCUUCUGGAUGGUUCUGAUGGCACAAGGAAUGCCUUCCCUGCCAUGCUUGAUUUUGUUGAGAAAGUGGUGGAGAAACUGAAAGUGGGCGCAAACAGAGACCGUGUGUCUGUGGUCCAGUACAGCAGUGAUGCAGAGGCCCAUUUCCAUCUGAACACAUACACCACAAAAGAGGAUAUUGUGGAUUCAGUCAGGGGGCUGAGACACAGAGGAGGUAGCCCCCUUAACACUGGGGCAGCCCUCCAGUACGCCAGGGACAAUGUCUUUACAAGCUCCUCUGGGAGUAGACGGCUGCAAGGUGUCCCACAGAUGUUGAUCCUACUCAAUGGCGGAAGGUCUUUUGACAGUGUUGAGGCCCCAGCCUCUGCUCUUAAAAAGCAGGGCAUCUUUGUGAUUGGCAUUGGCGCAAGGGGCUCUGAUGUCGGGGAGCUGCAGAAGAUAUCAUAUGACCCUAGUGUUGCUCUAAAAGUGUCUGAGUUCACCGACCUCCCCAGUGUCCAAGAACAGCUCUCCUCUGUAAUGAGCACAGUGCUAGUAAGGGCCACGGCCAUGACACCAACAGUAACUGGUAAGAAAGUGACUUAUUUAUGCAAAGAUGUAAAGUGAAGAUAAUUGCAAUCCAUCACCCAUUGUCUCCCUCUUUAUCAUCCACACGAGGGUUGCGGGGUUGCUAGUGCCAAUCCCAUCUAACAUCUACAAUGUUUUUAACAACAUUCAAAUCAACCAGUAGCACCUUGACAAAAAUAUUUUUUACCAGCUUAACUAUAGAAGGGUCGUAUGACCCUUGGGAUAAACAUUUACCGUCAUACUUUGACACAGUUAAAAGUUCAAGAUGAGAAUCUAAUCAUGUCUGAAAUCUUAUGUUUCUUAGUGGAGAAAAAACCAGCUGGGAGGGAUGUUGUGUUCUUGUUGGAUGGAUCUGAGAGUACUAGAACAGGAUUCCCAGCUAUGAAAGACUUUGUGCAAAGAGUAGUAGAGACACUCAGUGUGGAUGACAACAAAGACCGAGUCUCAGUGGUUCAGUACAGCAGAGAUCCAGCCGUCCAGUUCUAUCUGAACACAUACACAACAAAGGGCGAGGUCCUUGACACCGUCAGAGGCUUGAGGCACAAAGGCGGGCGACCCCUCAACACUGGAGCAGCUCUCCAGUACUUGAGAGAUAAUGUCUUCACGGCCUCUGCUGGAAGCAGGCGCCUGGAUGGAGUUCCACAGGUGCUAAUUCUGCUAAGUGGGGGAAGGUCUUUUGACAGUGUCGAUGCCCCAGCCUCUGCUCUCAAACAUCUGGGCGUCUUGACCUUUGCAAUUGGAACCAGGAGCUCUGAAAUGAGAGAACUGCAGAAGAUAGCUCAUGAUCCCAAUCACGCUAUGGCUGUGUCUGAAUUCACUGACCUUCCCACUGUCCAGCAGCAGCUUCAGUCCUCCUUGGAGACUGCAGUUAUCGACGUCAGCCCAGAAUCACCGACAGUACUUGGUAUGUUAACUAGCGAGAGCGCUUUCCAACUGUGACUUGUUUCGCCUACACUAAGGGAGAGAAAUAAAGUCUGAGUGUUGAUCAAAUUCUAUGUGUGCAGUAAAGGAGAAGCUUCGGCUUGUUUUUUGCCAUGUGCAAUUGAAGCAGUUAAAAAAAAAAGGGAGGCGAUAGAGUUUUACUUUAUGACGUUUACUUCACAAACGUAGUCUUUGAAAUGGUUGUUUCAUGUGUUUGCCUUUUUAUCUUUUCUCAGUUGACACUGCCAAAAAGGAUAUCGUAUUCCUUCUGGAUGGUUCUGAUGGCACAAGGAAUGCCUUCCCUGCCAUGCUUGAUUUUGUUGAGAAAGUGGUGGAGAAACUGAAAGUGGGCGCAAACAAAGACCGUGUGUCUGUGGUCCAGUACAGCAGUGAUGCAGAGGCCCAUUUCCAUCUGAACACAUACACCACAAAAGAGGAUAUUGUGGAUUCAGUCAGGGGGCUGAGACACAGAGGAGGUAGCCCCCUUAACACUGGGGCAGCCCUCCAGUACGCCAGGGACAAUGUCUUUACAAGCUCCUCUGGGAGUAGACGGCUGCAAGGUGUCCCACAGAUGUUGAUCCUACUCAAUGGCGGAAGGUCUUUUGACAGUGUUGAGGCCCCAGCCUCUGCUCUUAAAAAGCAGGGCAUCUUUGUGAUUGGCAUUGGCGCAAGGGGCUCUGAUGUCGGGGAGCUGCAGAAGAUAUCAUAUGACCCUAGUGUUGCUCUAAAAGUGUCUGAGUUCACCGACCUCCCCAGUGUCCAAGAACAGCUCUCCUCUGUAAUGAGCACAGUGCUAGUAAGGGCCACGGCCAUGACACCAACAGUAACUGGUAAGAAA